UGCCAGUCAGAGAGGUGAAGAAGACCAAAACACACUGAAUGGAGAGGAGGAGGAGAGGGGAUUCUUUCACAUGGACUGUGCCUUAAAAUCCGGCUGUGAGUCCUGAGUCCUGGUUUAAGACAUGGAUGAGAUAUUUAACCACAGCGGAGCUCCAAACCGGAGUUUCUCCGGUGAUGAGAGGUUCGGCUUUGAAGACAUCGAUGUGAGCGCAGACGGGACUCCCAUCCUGAGGAUCCUCAUCUCUGUGGUUUACUCUGUAGUUUGCGCGGUGGGUUUGGUGGGGAACCUGCUCGUGUUUUUCCUCAUGAGGUUAAGACAAGGCAGAAAGAGGUCCACGAUUAACUUCUUCAUCAUCAACUUGGCGGUGACGGACUUCCAGUUCGUCCUCACGCUGCCCUUCUGGGCCGUGGACACCGCGCUGGACUUCAGCUGGCCGUUUGGAGACGCCAUGUGCAAAAUCAUCCUGUCGGUCACCGUCAUGAACAUGUACGCCAGCGUCUUCUUCCUCACCGCCAUGAGCGUGACCCGCUACCUGGCCGUGGCCUCGGCCCUGAAGAAGAAAGCUCACCGGAGCCCCCGGUGCGUGAAGUGGGUGUGCGCGGUGCUGUGGGUGGCGGCGACGGCGGCGACGGCUCCGACAGCCAUCUUCUCCACCGUGACCGUGGUGGCCGGAGAGAAACUCUGCCUCCUCAAGUUCCCCGAAGGAUACGACUGGCUCGCCCUCUACCACAUCCAGAAGAUCCUCAUAGCCUUCAUCAUCCCGAUGCUCAUCGUGUCCGUCAACUACCUGAUGCUGCUGCGCUUCGUGAGGCAGCGGAGCAUGGACGGCAGCAACCCCAAACGGAGGUCCAGAGUCACCAAAUCAGUCGCUAUCGUGGUUUUGUCUUUCUUCUUCUGCUGGAUGCCAAACCACGCCAUCACCUUCUGGGGCGUCUUGGUCAAAUUCAACGCGGUCAACUGGGACACUUCCUACUACAUGGUGCACACCUACGUGUUUCCGGUCACCGUGUGUCUGGCGCACGCAAACAGCUGCUUGAACCCGGUGCUUUACUGCCUGAUGAGGCCGGAGAUCAGGAAGAUGCUCAGCGGGUUGUUCUGGAAAGUCUCCAGUCCGUCCGCCAGCAAAGUCUGUGCCACGCGCUCCGUUACGCAGGGCGAGCUCCAGGGAGUCGUUCCCCUCCAGAUCAUGGACAACGCGGAGUAUUCGCUGCCCAUCAUCGACCGGAAAGGUUUAUCCAGAUCCAAAAUCAUCCCAUACAGCCGCUGAGCGUCCUCCUCUGCUCUGGUGGAUCAGCUGGAGCUGUCGUGCGUAAUUCUCUCGCCUCUGUUCCAGUUUGAACAUUUUACUGAGCAGGUUCACAGAUCAUCACGCGUUUUUAUCCAGACUGAAUGUGACAGGUGACUCAUUCUCCAAAGUGCUCUCUGAUUCCAUUCAUGGAAAAAAAAACAAAUAAGCUUUGAAUUUGUGUUUCUUCUUUGCACUCCAUUAAAAUGCAGCUUUUCUUAUUGUGAGAAGAAAGACGAGAAAAGAGAGUCUGGGACAAACAGCCUGGAAUGGAAUCAAAUGCUGGACAUUGAGGGACACCAGAGUCUCAGCUCCAUGGGAUCCUAUAAAAUGAUCUAUAAUGAACAUGGCUAUGGUUGCAGUGUUUUCCAUUCAUGUUGUAAAACCUGUCUGUAAAUAAACGGCUUUUUCCAUCUCA